CAAGCCAGCUACUGCACUCCAGACUCCAGUCACACUCCUGCUCAGCGCCAUGGCCCCAGCCACCCGUCCACUGCUCCGUGCCUCUCUGCUGUUGCUGCUACUGCUACUGGCCACCAGGCACCAGGUCACAGGGGCACCCGUCGCCAACGAGCUGCGCUGUCAGUGCCUGCAGACCGUGGCGGGAGUUCACCUGAAGAACAUCCAGAGCUUGAAGGUGACACCCCCAGGACCCCACUGCACCCAGACCGAAGUCAUAGCCACUCUCAAGGAUGGUCGUGAAGUUUGCCUUAACCCUGAAGCCCCCAUGGUUCGGAAGAUCGUCCAAAAGAUGCUCAAGACGAGCAUCCGCAAGUGACAGAGAAAGGAGGAAGAUUACCAUGGUGGUGCCAGUGAACACCGGCUUCUGACAGCACUGGCUUAACACAUUCUAUGGUUUCUUAAGAAAGUCCUAUUUAUUUAUGUAUUUAUUUAUUUCACAAAGCUCAUAUAUUUUUAUUUGACAUUAAUAUUUAACGAUGUGAAUGUGUUUUAUCAAUGGUUGUUCAUUUUGAAGAUGGUAGACUUAUAAACUAUCUUAUUAAGGCCGGGUGGUGGUGGUGUAGGCCUUUAAUCCCGGCACCUGGGAGGCAGAGACAGGUGGAUGUCUGUGAGUUUGAGGUCAGCCAGGUCUACACGCACUAGUUCCAGGAAAGGAACCAAAGUUACACAAAGAAACCUUGUCUCAAAAAACCAAAAAAGAAAAAUCAUAUUAAACUAAUAUUUAAUAUUUAUUGGGAGACCAUCAGGAGUCAACCACUGUGAUAAAGGAUGUGGGUUAGGAAAAAAAGCAGAGAGAUGAGAGCAUAUGACCAUGUUUUGUAUUAGGGUGAGGGUAUGUGUAUGGAUCUAUGUUUGAAUGUCUUGAAAAGAAUGUCAGUUAUUUAUUGAAAGUCAUCUUUCAUAUUAAUAGUCAACAUGGAUGUGUUGAUGUUUCCCUUGGACAUUUUGUGUCUAGUCUGUAGGGCAUAAUGCCCUGUUAUAUCUGUAACCAGUGUUUCUCUUUGUCUUGGGACAGAGAAGUUCAAAGAACUGUUACAAAUGAA